AUGAACGGUCAAGACAGUUCAGAUUUAACUGUUGAUGAUUUCUUUAAGCUUUCAUUUGGGCUAACUCCAAUUGAAUUAGACCCAACAGAGUUUGUCACAAACGAACUUACCAAAGAACUAUUCGUUUCGCUUAUAGAGCCAUCAUUAAAAGAACAAAAUCCUACUGGAAUUUUUCGUAAUUUAUUUCCAUAUAUUGUGGAUACUAUUAGCAGAACUGUUCCAAUCACUAUAUUAGUUAAUUACAUCCAGGAAAUUAAUGAGAAUGGUGAUAUAUAUCAAAUUCUCCAACGUUUUGAAGAAUGUAUAGGCAGAGAUUUUCUUAUAGCAUUUCUCGAUAAGAUUCCAGAAAACUCUUUUUCAAAAAUUCUCCAUACAACUGUUGCCGCUAAUAUUCCUAUUCCAAUUUAUCUUCCGAAUAAUACACAUUCUCAAAAAGGCCUCAAAGUUCUCAAUGGAUUGCGUGACAUUAUUGCUGCUUGUAACUAUCACCUUUUUAUCUCUGUAAACCAAGCAAAUACUGAUUUAGAAACACCUUUCUCGAAACAAUUAUAUAAAAAUUACUCAAAUAAUCGUGAAGACGUUUCGGGAAUUUGUAAUCCAAAUUCUAUUGAUAUUUCUUUUCACCCUGCAUCAGAAAAUCAUUCUCGUCCACCUUUAGCUAUCUCGGAAGUUUACUAUGAUCAACCAUGCUCUUCUACUCUUCGUGAUACAAUAAAGAUAUUGUCAAAACUUGCAUUUUAUAUCGUUAUCCAUGUCUCUAAUAAUGACUUUGAUGGAAAUGAAUUCAAUGACCAAUUUAUUUCUACUAUUAAUAACAUUUCCGUUGAAUGUUAUGGUGAUAAUAAACGAAAAAUUUUAAUUCUAUUUUGGGGAAUCAAGCCUCAAUCUUUUAGCAAACGUAAAGAAAAAAUUGAAAAGUUAUUACGUGAAAAAUUUACUAAUGACGAGAUCUGGAUUGAACUUGUCAUCAAUAAUAAAAAGGGUACAUUGUUUGAAAAAAUCAAGAGAGAUUCAUUUCACAAACUUAAAGAUGCUAAAAAUUUAUGGCUAGAUUGGACCCAAGCGGACUUUCCUAAGGUCAUAGAUGAUAAUACCGAAGAAUUUUCAUCAGAAAUGGAUUUUGCAUUAUUAAUGGCAGAAUUUGAACCUUUAACUGAUCGUGCUUAUAUAUUUUAUGCUUCCCAUUGGGAAAAUAAAAUUGAGGCACUACAAGAUAAAACUCAUAUAACUCCCGAAGAUUCACAGAGCAAUCAAAUUCUGAAUGAAACUUAUCUAACAAUCCAGAAAUAUCAAGGUAUACAAAAAGAUGUCGAAAAAAAAAUUGGGUCAAUUUCAAUUCUCACGCAUUUUGCGAAUGUCAUUAAGAAGAAAAACAUUAAAUUUAUGCGCGAAUUUGCGCGUCAGACAGAUGUUUACUUUAAAGUUCAUCCUAUUUCUUUGACCCGAAAAGAUGAUGAAAUAAAUAAUAACUCAAUUGAGAAUGAUCAAACAAGCAUUCAGCAGAAAGAAAUAAAACAAAAGAUUGAAGACUUAGAUAUAACAAUUCAUGACUUUUGGAGAGAAUUUAUUAUUUUAUCCAAGAUAAUGAGAAGCGAUGGUUCAUCAGUUUUAAAAAUUCUAUAUGAUACUGAAGAUAAGCAACUCGAAGAAGCAUAUAGUAUUUGGAUACGUGAAGGAGAAACAAUUCAGUUAUUAGAAGGCGUAUCACUUAGAACAUUAAAUUCCGAUUUUCUUUUGCCUGUUUUAAGCCAAUUAAUGUCGAACUCUAAACGGCAGUUGGUUGUUUUCUCCAUCAUUGGGCUCGAAAAUUCCGGAAAAUCUACGUUGUUAAAUUACUUGUUUCAAUGUGGCUUUUCAACCUCUGCUGGACGAUGUACAAAAGAGAAAGAGCUGGACUUUUUAAUCAUAGAUUCUGAAGGAAUGGGAUCUACAGCAGCAAAAUAUAAAUCAAGACGUACAGAUUUCGAUAAAAAAAUGACUCUUCUUGGUCUUAUGUGUUCUCAGAUCCUCAUCAUCAAUACCAAAGGACUUACACGAGAUAUUUCAGAUACAUUAGAGGUUUCUUCGAAUCUUCUAAAUGCAUUAAAUAAUAGAGAUUCUAAUAAACCAAGGAUCAGCUUUGUUUUACGAGAUAUGAAAGAAGCUAAAAUAGCUCAACGGUCAGCAUUUCUUGAUAUUCGCGAAAGUUUAAAAAAUAUAUUCGAUGAAAUUCCGGGUUGUCAUGACAUGGAUGAUUUUCUGAUUGUAGAAGAACAGGAU